UAUGUAAAUGCAAGUUGUUGCAGGAGGGAGAGACUGGCAGCUACCUUUUGUCAUGGUUAACAAUUCCAGGGCAGGCAGGAAGUCAGCAAGGACCCAGUAAGAGCCUUUUUUUAUUGUUAAUUAGAGGCUUUCACACACAGAAAGAAGUCCGCAAGCUUUUCUGGUGGUCAAACAGAGGACUUUUCCGUGUCAAUAGUUGUGGUUGCAUUCUGCGGAGAGAGAGGGAGAGAGAGAGAGAGAGAGAGAGAGAACAAGCUGGUGGUACACACACUGACCUCAGCUGUGUCUCCAAUGUAUUUAGUUCAGUGUUAGCAAAUACUGGGACAAUGCCUAGUCUCGUAAGAUCAGGACGGUGGCAGCAACACAGCGGGCUGGUGCUCACAGGUUAAGAUGCUUUUGGAUUGGCAGAAAGCACUUCCGAUGCCAUUUGGAAAGGUUCCUGUGAAACCAAGAACAGAGGCAAAACCGUAUUUAAAAAGACAAUUUUACAAUUGAAGAGGGAGCAGGGUUUGAAAAAAAAAGAGAGAGAGAUCACAGCUCGGACAAGACUGCAUGAACAAGCAGACGAGGGAGCAGGGAUUUGUUUUUUAAAAAAAAGCGAAGAGAAAAAACAGAACAAGGAGCUCGAGUCCGCAGGAACUUUGCAGGGGUAGGGAUGGCGGACGUAACGGGGCUAAAGGACGCCUCUAGCAGGCAACUGCGGUCGAAGCUCACCCUUCUCAGCCGACGCAUCGAUGAAUUGGAGGAGACCACUAAGAGCCUGCACAACGAAGACGAACUUAUGGACAUCCAGGACAAAAUCAUGCAGGCCGAGGGCAGCAACUGCAGCUUGCUGGCCGAGGUGGACACCCUGCGGAAGAGGAUGCUGACCAUCGAGGGGAAGGACGAGGAGAUCAGGAAGGCUGAGGGAAUGUGCAGGAACCUGAAGGAAAAGUUGGAGGCGGAGGUGAAACUGAGCAAGGAUCUGAAGAGGAAGAUCGAGAAGCUGCAGGACAGGAUGAGCGAACUGGAGCGCUUGGAAGAGGCGUUUAACAGGAGCAAGUCGGACUGCACCCAGCUGUGCCUGAGCUUGAACGAGGAGAAGAACCUGACGAGGAAGCUGACCACGGAGUUGGAGGCGCUUCGGGCGAGGGUGUACGAGCUGGAGGCCUCGGAGGGCCGGCUGGACAGGUCGGAGAGGGACAUCAUCGAGGAGCUGGAGAAGCUGAAGUCGCUGGCCGUGGUCUUGGCGGACGAGGGGGGGAGGACCGCGGGCGACAAGCUGAGGCGGAACGAAGAAGACACCGAGGAGCUGACGGGGAAAGUGGAGCCGAACAACCGGCUGCCCGCCGCGGACCAGAGCAAGAACUCGUCGAACCUCAGGGCCAACGCCAACGAGAGGACCGGCAACUACACGGGAGACCUGCGGAUCGAGGAGGCCGUCUCCUCCGGCCCGGCCAAGAGGGGCUACAACCCGCCGAGGCCGACGCCGCCGGGCGGCCACGGCCCGAGGAACAAGGCCUUCCCGGAGGGCCAGGAGGAGGACAACAAGGUGAAGGACCUCACGCAGGAGGUCGAGAAGCUGAAGAAGCGCCUGAAGCUGCUGGAGACGGUGGAGGGCGACCUGAGGAGGACCCGAGGCGACUACAACGAGCUCCAGGAGAGGUUCCUGAGCGAGCAGAGCCGAGCCAAGGCCUUGGCCGAGCAGGUGGACGAGCUCAGGCUCCAGGCGGCCAGAGGGCGGGGCCCGGGCCUGGAGAACGGCGAGCCCGGCUGCCAGGAGGCCCGAGACGGCAGGGCAAGACCGGAGAGGCCCAGGAGCCGAGGCCUACCCGCGGAGCGGGAGCGGGCGAGGAACCGGGACCUGCUGCAGCUGGAGGAGGACGGCGGGUCCAGGAGCUACCGCCGGCCGCUCAGCCCGAGCGCCGGCCGCAGGCCGCACAGGGCCUCGUCCAACCCCAGGGCCCCCGAGGAGGAGAAGCCGGGGGGAGGCGGCAGAGGCCCGGGCUCCGGGCCCAGGGACCAGGAGAGGCUGAAGAAGCCGCGGGAGCAGCCCUCGGUGCUCAGCCGCUACCCGCCGGCGGCCAACGAACCCGGCCCCGGCGUCAAGCGGCCCUGGGGCUCCCAGGCCAAGCCCAGCGACCCCGGCCUCAAGUACAAGCCGGAGCCGCUCCCGCCGCCGCCGCCCACGGUGGCUGCCGAGCGCCCGAAGAGGCCGCCCGCCUCCUCCUGGGUCAACAGCUACUCCCAGCCCGAGCCCGGCGGCCCAAGCAAAGCCUCGGACUCGGGGGAGGAAUGGCCGGCGGCCCCGCGGCUCCUGAACGGCUCGGCGGCCCCUCACACCCAGUCGAGCUCCCGCUACAGGAGGCAGCGGCCGGCCUCCCCCAGCGAGCAGCCCGCCGACUCGGGCUGGGCUGAGGCCGAGGAUGAGGAGCUUUCGUCGGCCAAGAAGGUGGUGGAGGAGGAGGAGCCGGAGCCGCCGCCGAGCCUGGGGCCCGCGAGGCCUCGCUACUCGCGUAGAGACCGCCGCGAGGCCAGUCACGAAUUCCGGGCCGUGAGGUGCUACGCGGAGGACGACGACGAGCCGCCGCCAUCGCCGCCGCCGCCGCCGCCGCACGAGUCGUCCGUCCUCCAGGCGGAGCGGGUGGUCGAGGCCGAGGUGAUGGCGGCGGAGGAGGAGGAGGAGGAGGCCGUCGUGUCCGCUGAAUGGCGGCCCUUCUCCCCGGGCUCGGGCUCCGGCCCGGCGCUGAGGAGAGUGUGCAGCCCGCGGGAGAGCCUGCGCUCCAGGGCCGUCAUCCAACCCGCCAUCGUGGCGAUCGACAAGAAGCGGAUGAUGACGACGACGGCGGCGGUGGCUGCCUCGGCGGUGGUUGGGCCCGAACCCGAGCCCGGGCUUGGAUUUGGGCUCAGGCGGCCCGCCGAGAGGUCGGAGCGGGAGGGCGGCCGCUCGGCCCGGAGAGCCAUCGUGACCAGCAGCAUCUGCAUCCCGCCGGCCGAGUUGCCCCGCCCGCGGGGGGUCAGGGAGACGCACACGUCGACCGGCCGCAUCACCAUCGCCCCGCCGGCGGGGACGUCGGCGGCGGCGGCCGCGCCCGAGGCCCGAGGCCCCCCCGGCGGCGGCGGCCUCCACAUGGAGUACGAGAUCUCCAUCCCCCGCAGCGACAUCACCAUGAAGCCGCCGGACUCGGACAGCGACGACGAGGGGACGGAGGAGGAGGAGGAGGACGACGACGAGGACGAGGGGGAGGAAGAGGAGCAAAUGGCGGCCGAGGUCGAGUCGCGGCCUGAGGCCUCGGUGAGCAGGUCGUCCGCCGCCGCCGCCGAUGAUGGUGGCGGUAACGGCGGCUGGAGGAGCCGGCGGAGCGCGCUGCCCGACCCCGACUGGAGGAGCCCGGGCCUCGCCGCCGCCGCCGAACUCGACCGCCCCGCCUGGAGGAGCGGCCGGGCCGCGGGCGAGGCGAAACCCGAGGCCGCUCUGGAUUUCUCCAGGGUCACGGCCCGGAGAGCCGCCCACCGGCCGCUGACCUCCUCCUACAUCUCCUGCCCGGCCUCAGACGGCCCAGAGCCCGGCCCAGGCCCCGGCCCCGGCUUCGGCGGCCUCUCCUCCCGGCGGCUCAAUAACUUUGCGGGGCCCGAAGACGCUGUGGUGUCGCGGCUCCACGCCCCGGACUCCGGGGGCCGCAGGAAUCAGAGAGCCACUGUGGCGGCCAAAGUGGCGGAUUACAACAACAGCUGCUCCUCGACAGGGCAAGACAGUUCAGACAUGUACUCCAUACACAACGCCAACAUAUUGUUGAAGAAGAAGGAAUUGGCAAAGCAAUACUUGUCGGAUAUCAGCAUCGAGAGGCUGGCGAGGAACGAGACUGCGGGCAAGAGGCAAUCUGUGAAAGUUGAACUGAAAAAAAAUGCACUCGGCAGCCCCGUGCACCAGCCCGGCACCAAGUCUGAAGACAAGACACCAAUAGGUAUUCUCUCGCAAAUAAGGAUGACUUCCAGACGGUGAGGCCCUGGCUGGUUUAUCUUGAAAGCAGCACUCCAAAUCAUCGUGUUAAUAAGGCACUGCGCAAGCUUCUGCAUUAUAGGGGAUCAUUUUUCAUCUUGUACAUGAUAUGAACUAAAGCAAUCACGCGACAUGUAUAUUUUUCUAGAGGUUGAUUGUGUUUUGGGGAGGAGGACCCAGCCAGCGGUUUGCAAUCGACUCAACGAAAGAGGCAGCUGCAAACUCCACACUCA